AGCCCUGGGCAGGGACGGGGAGCAGGCAGCCCCCUGAGAAGAGCCCAGCCCAGCCCAGCGCUGUCCGAGCCGUGGGAGCGGGGCCAUGGAGCAGUACUUCUCGGCCACCCAGAAGAUGGAGCAGGAGGUGAUGUUCCCCAGCCUGCUCCGAGGGGUCUUCCCGCAGCAGGAGGGGGCGGCCCCGGCCGCGGGCGGCCACACGGACCUCUACGAGCGCUACCAGCUCCUCAAGGCCAUCAAGCCCAUGGUAGAGAAAGGCCUGGCCUCUGUCACCGACCAGAGCCCGACUGGCGCUGAUGCCGACACACCCUCGGACGACGACGACACCAUGGACGCCCAGCUGGAGGAGCGCCUGUCCCACCACCUGGCCGGCUUGCAGCAGGUCCUCACCCACCUCACCAGGGACACCAACGCCCUCACCCGGAGGUACAGCCAGAUCCUGGAGCAGAUCAGCCCCAGCGAGGGGCAGCCCAGCUGGUGACCCUGCCCCGGCUGCCAGCUGUUGUUGCAGGAUGAGUGCUGGUGGCACGAAGGAGAGGACAUCCCCAUCGCUGACCAUCGCGGGCUCUGCCCCAGCCCCCUCACCCUCCCCGCACGGCGGCAGCUCAUCUCCUAGCGCUGGGACCGCACGUCGGUGAUGGUUGCGACCACCGCAGAACCAGAUGGUGCCUUAUCCUCAUAGGAAGAAGCAUCUGGUUGUGCUGGGAGGGCCAUCAAAGAGCCCCACGGCUCGUGCCCUCCUCUUUAUUUUCAAAGAGCGGCACAAAGGCGGCAGUGUCGCACGGCGGCCCUGACCUCCGACGGUCCCCUGCGACUGCCGAGCCCUUUUCCAGUGGAACCUGGACUCCGAGGGGCGUUUUCCCCACUCUUUGCUAAUAAAAUGAGCCCUGCAAA